AUGGUCGGUGAAAAGAAAUCGUUACAUCCAGCCUUUACUGUCACAAACAUCAAAACUCUUAUUCCCAUUCUCCUGGACAUCAAACAGGAUGAACAUUCUUCAUGGUUUUUCCUUUUCGAACUCCAUCUCCAAGCUCAUAAUCUGGUUUUUCUCAUUCACGGAUCAGCAACUCGAACGGAUCUUGAUGCCACUACCGUAAAACAUCUAGACUCUCUCUGUCGCCAGUGGAUGUUCUCUACCAUGGCCAAAGGUUUUAUGCUCACCGUUCUCAAAUCAGGAAAAACUGCUAAAGGCAUAUGGGAUCACCUUAAGAAGCUAUUUCAAGACAACAAAGGCAUCCGCGCAGCAACCCUUGAAAUUAAGUUCGUUAACCUUAAAUUCACUGAAUGUAAUGGUGUUGAUGAUUACUGUGAUAAACUUAAGUUGUUCUCCGACCGUUUAAGUGAUCUCGAUUUCCCGAUGAAUGACAAGCGAUUGGUUACUCAACUUGUCAAUGGCCUUACGGAGGAAUACAACACUGUUGCCUCUUUCAUCCAACAGUCUAUGCCUAGUUUUGAUUCUGCUAGAUCUCAACUUAGAACGGAAGAAAUAAGGCGUUCUCAACAAACCCUAAGUUCUACACCAACGACACUGGCUGCUGCUGCCUCCCCCGUGCAUCGCAAUAACCAGCGACAAAAUCGUCCCAACAGCAACAGACGUGGUCCACGACCACCAUCCCACGGAAAUGAUUGGACCCAAAAUCCAGCGGCCCAACCACCUCUUCUGCCCACUUCUAGCAUGCAUCAAACAACCCAACCAACUCCAGGAUAUGCUCGUCAGCCUAGCUAUCCGCCUUACUGGCCUCCAUACUGGCAUGUACCUCCCUUCCCGUACUCUACAGCCCCUGCCUGGCAACCCCGUCGACCACACUAA